GGGAACGUGGUUGUGACGCACCUGUCCCAACCAUCUCAAAUACCUGCUUCUGGUCUUCUUUUGACUUUCAAAACGGCGACUUGAGUUCAGCAAAGCCUCCUAUUGUGAGGCAACUGAAGUCUCCCUUUAUCACUACUAGUUAGCGAGCGUCUCAACAACUCGUUUCUUCAGAAGCUGUUUGAAUGCCCCCUUCGCCCAACGACCCGACUGGACAGAGUCGCCCGUAUCCGCAAGUGGGACCGUAUUAUCAAUAUCAAAGCCAUUUACAGAAUCACUCCGGACUACAAUCAAGAGGCCGACUUCGAGCACGUCCGAAACCCGGGAGGGAAAAUAGCGACGGGAACAGCGUGACAAGAAUCUAUCCCAGAGAGCUAACCAAGUCCCCGCCGUCUUUGAUCCCAUCCCGCCACCAGCCUCCAACCUCCCCGCUCCUUGCUGCUCUUGGCUCGGGUGCAACUGCGACUGCCAAUUCUGCGGCCCAUCAUACCAGUGAAUGGGCUAAAUCCUUACCUUUCUUUACCAGUCCCCAUACGCCUGCGCCGAGCAAUGGAGCCAGUUUGAAUGGCUCGCCGCCCAACUUUCCGUCAUCCUACGGCGAUGGCGGAGCCUACCACCAUGCGUCGCCGUCGACGUCUCCUCCUGGCCGACGACCCAAGCCACUGAGCUAUCCAAAUACCUAUCAAAGCUUUGAAGAGCAUUUUCAGCACCCGCUGGCCCAGAUUUCUGGCGCUGGUAAACGAUCCUCGAUGCACGCACCAUACGGAGCUCGACCGCCCUAUGGCGCGCAAGCGCCUCUCCCUCAUCAGCCUCAGGCACACUUCUACGGUGCGCCAGACGCUGACCUCGGCCUCCAUCUUCCCCUCGAGAAUGGAUGGGCAGCCGGUGAGAAGGGCUAUUACUGCGCUUUUGACACGUUGGGCACGUCAGCUAGCCCAGGGGCCGAGUCUGCCGAAAACGUGCUGCUGAUCGGUUACGAGGGCGGACUGGAUGUCCUGAGGGUGGAGAACGACAAAAUGGACGUGAUUGGAAGGCUUGAAGGCUUGCGUGGUGGGGUGAUUGGAGCCAAACUUUUACCGUGGACAGCCCGAGAUGACCCCGUUCAUUCCUCCCGUCCACUGGUCGCCGUGAUCGUACACGGUCCAAUCUUGCCACGCAGAGAGAAGAGCAAGCAUCCUGGCUCGGAAAACACUGCUGGCUCGGAUUCUUCAUCCGCGGACACGCCAGAGGAGAAUGGCUCCGACUCUGCCAGUGCACAAGCCUUUGCCGACGGCUUCAAGCCAGUCACGCACUAUGAAACGUCUGUCGAAGUUUACUCUCUCGCGAGCCGGGAAUAUCUGGGUAUUCUUUAUACAAGCCCGCCUGUUGCCAUCUCCGCGCCUGUAUCAAGUCCGCUUUUUGCGCCCCCGCCGCCCGUUGGAAACCUCUCCGUGCAUGCCAAAGGGAAAUACAUUAUCGUCUCAUCUGGAACGAGCGGCGAAGUAUUCAUCUUUGGGUACGACUCGCAUGUGUCUGCACAAACUGACCGAACCUCGGUAUUCAAAUGCCUUGGAAAAGUUUGGACAACGGUGCGGAUAAGCAAGACAGUUGCGUCAUCGAGUUCUUCUAGCACUACCGCAGACUUGGACAAUCGUCCUGCAGAGGAAAGCCAGCCUACCUUGCCUCGCGGUGUUCCACUGCUUGCACUCAGUCAUCGGUGGCUUGCAGUUUCACCUCCCAGCUCAACAAGCGUGUUUUCUUUGAAUGGCACUCCAUUGCCAUCGUCGAUGCCGUCUUUGAAGGCGCCAGGCGUUCGCUCGCACGCUCCGCCUCCGCAGCCACCUGUGACAUGCUUCGUUGAUACUCCCGAAGGUGAGAGCGUCUUCAACCGCGUCGCACGCGGAGUCACCCAGGAAGUCAUCAAAGGUGCGAAAUGGGUAGGUGAUCAAGGCAUGCAAGCCUGGAAAAACUACUGGCGAAGAUCCUCUCCGCCCAAUGGGCAGGGCCGCGGAUAUCCGAGCAUCAGCCCGCCUGGCGGUGAUCAGGCAAAUGUUUACUCGCCACCUGCGUCUCAACAAUACUUUCCUCCAACCCACGCCCACUCCCACCAAUCAUCUCAAGCAGCAGGCGAGCCUGCGCUAGUGUCGAUAAUCGAUUUGGAGAAACUUGCUGACGCGCAAGAGUCCAAAGCGAGAACACCUCUCAGUCCGAUAGCAACCUUUUCUGCGCCACUCGGAUGCAGCUUCCUUUCAAUGUCUCCCAGUGGUUUAAUGUUGCUGACAGCAAGUAGAAAAGGUGAUGUGCAGUACGUGUGGGACCUGAUGCGUGUCGCUACCAGCAAGGCGAGUCCUACGAUGCCUUCGGGAAGUCAAGAGGGUAAUCAGGGAGCGGCAUCGCUGGAGGGCCCUUUGGUAAGGCAAAUCGCGAGAUACACUCGAAUGACGGUUGCCAAUAUUAUAGACGUGGUGUGGGCCGCUCCCAAGGGCGAGAAGCUGGCAAUUGUGACAGAGAAAGGCACAGUGCAUUUAUUCGAUUUACCUGCGAGCGCUUUCCAAUGGCCUCCGCCCCGACGCGUUGUUCGCAAUGCGGCCGCUAAGAGCCGACGUCAGCAAUCUGACGGGUAUUCAAACAAUGCUGAUGGAGAAGAUGGUGGGCCAAUGAAGCCAGUCUCCAAUGCUAUGAACAUGAUCAAUGGCAAGGCUCAAGCGUUUGUUGCUGCUGAUGCUCGUUCACGUCGCACCAGCCUCGGUUCAAACCUUCCCGUCAUGGGUGGGUUGACCAUGACUGCUGGUCCCCGUGCAACGAGUGGCAAAGCCGUUGCCGCGGGUCUCAGCAAGUCGCUUGGAGCAGCGACAGGUACAGUCAACAGCCUUCGCCAUGCUUCGGAACAGAGACUACAUUUACCUGGUUUGACGAAUGGAGUUUCGCCCGGGUGUGUGCGAUGGUUGACCGGCAAAGAAACUGGCUUCAUUGGAGUUUUGGGCGGUGGGGUGCUUCGAAUUCACCCACUACGCGCACGAGUGCGAUCUGGAGGCGCCAAGCGGUCGAGCAAAUGGGCAUCGUCAAUGGCGGGACCCAAAGCAGUCGAAUUUGGAUUGCCCAACAUCCCCGAUGAUAUGUUCGCACCAGCGGUUUCUGGUAUAAUUCUUGGUAACAUAAACGACCAAAACGGAGACGGCGCAGGAUUGGCAACAUUUGGAAGUGGAUCUGGGGAUGAGCAACAACAACAACUGGACCACAAUAAUAGCCAAGGUCACGAUGCAAACCCGCCAAGCGGCAAGCCAACGUUAGAGGGGUUCUGGGCCUUGCGGGUCUCGCCAAUUUCGGGUAACCACCAUCACCACCAUAAAACCGCUAACCCGCAUCCACUCUCUUCAGCCGAGAUCGAGACUAACCCGCCCUACCAACCAUUCCAUACUGACAAACGGAUCGGCCUAUUCGUGUACAAUGCCAAUUACGGUGGCGCAUUUGGCGAUUUAGAAACGACUACAACAUCGUCUUACUCUCAACAAUCCCCAGAUCAGGAGCAGGAGUAUGGAGAACGGGGCACAGACGGGGGUGUCGCUGUAAAUACAGAAUCGUUUCCACCAGACCUCCAUGUCGACAGUCUAGACCCUUGGGUGUUUGGCAUGCCCAUUUCCACGACCCGUCUGAAUGUCGGCCGAUCGAUUCUAGGCCACGACGGCGACAGCGACGGCGACGUGGAAAUCGAUGGUGAAGAUGGCACUGCGGGCCAUGGCGCCGUUAUUCGAACUACUGCCGGCUUAGAGCAGAUGGAGCAUCUCAUGAGUCUCCGCGAAGGCGACGAAGAAGUCGAACAGAUUGUUGUCACGACCCGCCGUCGCCGAGCACGACCGGGAAUGCAAGCUGACAAUGAUGACGAGGGCUUCUUUGAAGACGAUUGCGAAGUGCUCGACUUUGCAGAGGAUCGGGUGUAAAUUCAUCGCAUGGCGCACAAAUACACAGAUCCCCUGUUCAUUCCAUUGUGACGGAAUUUUGUUUACUGUAUUCCCGUACUCGUACUCCUUUUGUAUAUUCAGCCUCUUCUGUGUCUGGUCUGCGCAGAAUCGAUCACCUUUUUGUGUCUUUUUUUGGUUUCCCAUGGGCCCCUCUUUUUUCCUGGUUCUCCGGAUCCCCCUGUCUACUAUAAUCCCCGAAAUUUCUCAAGACAUAUCCCGUUUAUCUAUACACCUUAUGAUUCAUGCACCGUUUGUAUUCUGCACUUGGGUUUCCUAUCACUCUUUUACUGUAUCGGCGG